AUGGGUGUCUGGAGCGAAACCGCUACGAUUCCGCCCGGCCGCGCAGAGAUGCAGCCGCCGACCAAGGAGCAGCCCGCUAAGUUUAUUACCAGCAUCCGUGCUCCAGGGCCUGUGCCUGGGCCUGCCCGCAGUGAGUCGGAGCGGCCCCGGCCCCAGCUGCUGCGCCGCCCCAGCGAUUGGCUUUCUCAACUUUUGUUAUCAACCAGCGACUGGCCGCUCUCAACACCACCACACCACAAACUGUCCAUCGACACCGACCCCUUUGACAUGCCCUCGCUCAAUGGCUUCGCGGCGCCAGACGGCGUCUCUGAGCAGACGAAUGGCAAUGGCACCCACGCACAGCAGCAGCACAACGGCAACGGCCUCGAGCACCGGCCCAAGACGCCCAUCAACUCGGCCAUGGCCUUGACCGAGUACAGCGUCUGCCCCUCGCCGCCAUCGGAGACGGCGCAGACCAAGAUCAAGCAGAUUGUUCCCCCCGAGUUUUUGCUGCCAGACGGCUACCCCGACUACCUCCGCAUGAUCCUCUCCGCCACCUCGCGCAUCUACGAAGCCUGCAAGGCCACACCGCUCACCCACGCCGUCAACCUCUCCAACCGUCUCGAGUGCAACGUCCUGCUCAAGCGCGAAGAUGAGCAGCCCGUCUUCAGCUUCAAGCUGCGCGGCGCCUACAACAAGAUGGCGCACCUGGACCCCGCGCAGUCGUGGAAGGGCGUCGUGUGCUGCUCGGCCGGCAACCACGCGCAGGGCGUCGCCUACUCGGCGCGCAAGCUCAAAAUCCCCGCCACCAUCAUCAUGCCCGAGGGCACGCCGAGCAUCAAGCACACCAACGUCGCCCGCCUCGGCGGCCACGUCGUCCUGCACGGCCCGGACUUUGACGCCGCCAAGGAGGAGUGCGCGCGCCGCGCCGCCCAGGACGGCCUCAUCAACAUCCCGCCCUUUGACGACCCCUACGUCAUUGCCGGCCAGGGCACCAUCGGCAACGAGCUCUUUGCCCAGGUCAACAUGGCCAAGGUCGAGGCCAUCUUCUGCGGCGUCGGCGGCGGCGGGCUCAUUGCCGGCAUCGGCGUCUACGUCAAGCGCAUGGCGCCCCAUGUCAAGAUUAUCGGCGUCGAGGCCCACGACGCCAAUGCAAUGGCCCAAUCGCUCAAAAAGGGCGAGCGCGUCAUCUUGAAAGAGGUCGGUCUGUUUGCCGACGGUGCCGCCGUCAAGUCGGUCGGCGAGGAGCCUUUUCGCUUGGCGAAAGAGGUCGUCGACGACGUUAUUGAAGUCAGCACCGACGAAAUCUGCGCCGCCAUCAAGGACAUGUACGACGACACACGGUCCGGGCUCGAGCCCGCCGGCGCGCUGCCCAUUGCCGGCCUGAAAAAGUACGCCGCGCGCUUCCCGUCGCAGGACCCCAAGCGCAGCCUCAUCGCCAUCACCUCGGGCGCCAACAUGAAUUUCGACCGGCUGCGCUUCGUCGCCGAGCGCGCGACGCUCGGCGAGGGCAAGGAGGUGCUGCUCGCGUGCAAGAUCCCCGAGAAGCCGGGCGCCUUUGCGCAGCUCAUCGAGACCAUCAUGCCGCGGCCCGUGACCGAGUUCUCGUACCGCUACGCCGAGGGCGGCGUCGCCAACAUCCUCAUCGGCAUAUCCCUGACGGCGCCCGUCGCGCAGCGCGCCGACGAGCUGCGGCGGCUGCUCGCGCGCAUCCGCGACGAGGGCACCUGCACGAGCGUCACCGACCUCUCGAGCGACGAGCUCGCCAAGAGCCACGUCCGCUACCUCAACGGCGGCCGCGCCGGCGUCGCCCACGAGAAGCUCUUCAUGUUUACCUUUCCCGAGCGGCCCGGCGCGCUCGAGCGCUUCCUGCUCGCCGUCCGGCCCAAGUUCAACAUCACCCUCUUCCAGUACCGCAACUACGGCGGCGACGUCGCCAAGAUCCUCGCCGGCAUCGCGUGCCCCGACGAGGAGCUGCCGGAGCUGCUGGACUUUUUAAAAGAGCUGGGCUAUCCGUUCCGGAACUGCUCGGAUUCGGAAGUGUACAAGACGUUCUUGCGGACUUAG